CGCGGGGCGGGAGGAGGCGCCCUCCUGAAGGAGGCGCCCGCAGGACCGGCCCGCUACGAAACCCCCAAGCAGCGCCUCCCGCGAGCCCGAAGACGGGGAUCCAAGGCCGCCGACCCUCUUGGCUGCCGGCCGGCCCGCUGCCCCUCGCCGCCUAAAAUCCCCGCCGGCCGGGGUGGGCUUGGGUCCGCCCGGCCCCCAGUCCGGCCCCGUCCGAGUGCCCACCGCUCCUCGGCGGCGAAGUUCCGGCCCCGCCAUGGCGGCCGCGCCCUCCGCCGCCGCAGAGCCGCAGGUGAAGCCGCUGCAGGGCGCCAUGAAGCUGGCCAAGGCUGCCCUGGAGCUGGACGCCGGAGACCGGCCGCGGGAAGCCUACGUGGAAUAUCUAAAGAGCAUCAGCUACAUCGCCCAGGUCCUCCUGGAAGAGGCAGCAGCCACGACUGGGGAUGAAAAUGACCUGGUGCCUGACACCCCCAAGAUGCUCAAGGUAGCGGAGCAGUGCCUGGAAAGAGCCAAGAGCAGCGCUUCUAAAAUAGGAAAGGCCAAGCUGGGGGGGAAAAAGGUGGGCCCUGCUCCGGUUUCCCGGCACCGCAGAGUCUCUUCUGAUGAAGGCAGGAAGCUUUCGCCUUUUCUGCCUCCUGAGAUGUUUCAAAAGCUGCAGAUCGCUCAAGAGCAGAGCCCCAGGAACAGAGAACUCAGCCCGCUGGAAGAGGCGUCACUGCAAAACCAGAAGCUGAGAGCUACUUACGAGGCCCGGCUGGCCCGGCUGAACCCCAACCAAGCAGUGCAGAAGACCUCUCUGACACUUUCUCUGCAACGUCAGAUGAUGGAGAAUUUGGUGAUCGCAAAAGCCCGGGAAGAGGCCCUCCAGAGGAAGAUGGAGGAGCAUCGGUUGCGGCUGCAGGAAGCUGCCAACAGGAGGUUCUCCAGUAAUGCAGUGCUGACCCCAGAAGAGCAGGAGCAGCGGGCCAUGUACGCGGCUAUCCUGGAGUAUGAGCAGGACCAUGACUGGCCGAGGAUGUGGAAGGCCCAGCUGAAGGAGCAUCCCAGUGAUCUGUCCUUGGUGCCAAAGCUUCUCUCGCACCUGCUCAGCUUUGCGGAUCAUCCUGUCUGCCAGUUGCUGAAGAAGCUGCAGUGCUCGGUCUACAACCGCGUCUAUCCUCUCAUCAGCCAAAGCAGGACAGACGUCUCGCGUGGCUGGUCCCUCUCCUCCUCACUGGAUGCCGAGGCCUUCCUGCCAUCGGCCACCGAGGGACGGAGGUUGCGCUCGUCCCAAAGCUUGCACUCCAUGUUUUCUGUCCAGGAACACAACAAGUUGAACCUCCGUCAUAGCAUCUCUGGCACCCCCUUCAUCGAGGACCAGAGCCUGUUGCUUCCCCCCCAAGGAGGACGUGUGUCCCCCCCAUCGACUGACCGGGAGAGCUCCUUUGAGGACCUGGAGCAAUUUUUGUCAGCCUCUGAAGCACAUCCAGCAGGGCCCCUGCAAAGCCCUCUGGCUGGGAAGAAGGGCUCCCAACAGGAGGCCCUCAAGGCGGUCGUGAAGGACAUUCACAACUCCAUCGACAGACUGCUGUCCCUGAUGCUGCUGGCUUUUGAAGGCCUCAACACAGCGGCCGCCAAGGAUCAGUGCCUGGCGCGGCUGGAGGAAGCUUUCUUUGGCCCACUCUGGGGGCCCCUCUUGACUGUGUACAGGACUGUCUACGGGGCCCAGGAAGAGGCUCUGUCCAGGAGCAUGGAGCUGCGCAGGAAGACCGCUCCGACUGAGAUGGGUAUCCCAUCCAAGCUGCUGCCCAAGGGAGAAGGGCCUUCCCCGUACGCUGCGGCCGUGCAGGAGCUGCUGCUCCUCCCUCUCAGCAGCUGCCCGCAGAGGAAGCUGGAGUGCAUCGUGCGGACUUUGCGCGUCAUCUGUGAAUGUGCGGAGGAAUACUGUGGGAGCCGACUCCACCCGGCAUCCGCUGCUAUCGGUGCGGACGACCUCUUGCCCAUCCUCUCCUUUGUGGUCCUCCAGAGCAACUUGCCCCAGCUGGUCUCCGAGUGUGCCGCCCUGGAAGAGUUCAUCCAUGAAGGGUACCUGAUUGGGGAAGAGGGCUACUGCCUGACCUCCCUGCAGAGCGCCCUCUCCUACGUCCAGAGCCUGCAGGGACCGGUGCUCCGGAAGUAGCGGAGCUCCCAGUGGUGGGGGCUGCCCCUCCCUCCUGCCUCGCUGCUCCUCGGGGAUGCUUUUUGGAGGACUGUGAAGGGAAACUGACCAGCCGGAUCAGGCACCCUCCUAGGACUACCCUUGCACAAAAUUUGGGAGGGGGUGCACGUAAACUUUGGUAUCAGCCCAAUACUGACUAGCAGAUGUCCUGCCCUGCAGGUCUUCUGGCACUGUGGCUUCUGUCCUGGUGUGUUGCAAGAUGCUUAGCUGCCCCCCCAUAACAGCUGAGCCUGCCUCUGCUUCUCUGCCUUGAGCAUGAAAAAAGGGUGGGCUGCAUCUCAUUUCUCACAUUGCACUAAGAGUUGCUGUAGGCCCCCCCUUCUCUCAGUUGCAAGGCAAGCCGGCCAUCCUGGCCACCUGGCAGCCUCUUCCUUGGGAGGGAAGGCCGGAGGCAGGGACGGGACCCUGCUGACCUGGUGUCCUUCUCCCCCCUGCCCCGCAUGGCCCCUUUCCUGUAGGGCAGCUGCUUCAACCUGUGGGCCUGCACAGCACGGGACCACUUUUUCCUUGCCUCUGUUGGGGGUUUUACUGAGUAAAGGGAAGGAGGGGGAUGGGCCUGGCUGCCCAUCCUUUCUUGCAUUGCUCUUUGGGUUCCUCUGGUGCGUUGUCUACUGAUGUAGAGGAGAGCUUGCGUGAGAAGACAGAAAGCAGGAAGGCUGAGUGUCUGGCAGGAAUUCGCACAAGCCAAGUCGCCAGCUUUGGGGGAACCAAAUGGCAGCCAUAUGAGGGGGCAGGUGGGGAAGGCAGACGGAGCCCUCCUCCUGCAGAGUGCAGUUGGGCAGGGCCAUGGGAGGGCCUGAGAGAUCUCCGCUGCAUCCUAGGAAGCAGGGGCUCCCUUGAAAUUCAGGCACCCUGCACCGUCUCCUGGGUGGGGGCCCUUCGGGUCCCUGCCUGAUCGUCCACUGACUUCGGCACUACCAUCUUUCCUUCCCUCCUGCCAGCUUCACUCCUGGACGCUCUUUGGGAAUAAAGCUCGACUUCUCCCCA